GUAAACAAAUAAAUGCGGUAAAUUUACGAGUAGACUAUAAGUAUCGUGGUGAGCAAUUAAAAAAUAUAUGUCUAUAUGACUAUAUAGCAACAAUUCAUAAAAUAAAAAUUAAUAGUAAUGAAUUGGACAAGCUAAAUAGACAAAAAAAUCGUGAAGGACAUACGACGAGGGUAGAUCGAUUCUUAUUUUUAGGUGGAAAAAAAAAGUGCGAUGAAACUUGCGAUCAUAGUAUGAUACAUCCACAACACGCAACACAUAUACAAGUCCAUUGGACUCAAAUACUGGAUAAACAAGAUAAUUUCGGUACUGAUAACUUAGUUUUGUUAAAUCCAUAUGAAAUCAUGCAUUCUGGACUACAUAAUACAAAAUUUGUUGAUGACGCCAUGUUUCAUUUAUAUUUAAAAGACAAGUUUAAUGAUAAGAAAGAAGGACAACUGAACUUUCAAAGAAAAUUUGAUACUAUGAAUUAUGAUGAAGAACAUAUACGACCUUCUUGUGAAAAUGAUAGUAACUUAAUUAAAACAUGGCAAAAAACAAUAGCGUCGAGAAAAAAAAUGGAACAAAUAGAUACAAAUAUAAGUUCUGAAGAAAACCAUUACUCGAAACCUU